AUGGAAACUACUGACACUACAACUACAACAACAUCUACUACUGCAACUACAACACCCAGCGCUGCUACUACCAAUGGAGGAGUAGACACAUCUAUAAAUAAUAAGAGUCAAGAUAUUGUAAUUAUUGACAGUCAUGGUGAAAACCAACAGUCAUCUGAUUCUGCUGCUCCUGCUGCUGCGGUUGUAGUUUCUGAUACUACGUCAACCAGUACUACUACUACUGCUGCUGCUACUACUGCCACCGCAUUUGCAAAUGACGAUCCAAGAAUGGCAGAAUGGGGAGAUGAGAUGAAAAGAAUCAAAGAAGAAUUGGUUCAGCUUCAAUCAUCAAGGUACCAACUCGACCAAUUACAAACAAUGAUUAUAGCAAUGGCUCAAAAUCAGAUGGGAAUUGAUCCUGGUAUGCUCGAUGAACAACAAGAAGAAGACGAAGAUGAAGAAGAAGGAGAUUUCGAUGAAGAAGAAGAGGAGGAGGAUGAAGAAGAUGAAGAUUACAUUGCUGAAGAUGACGAAGAAGAGGAGGAAGAAGAAGAUGAAGUCGACGUCCAAGGAUACUAUCCCGAAGAUGAAGAGGAAGAGGAAUACUUUAGACGAUUGGAACAAAACGACGAUGAAGAAAUUGCCUACUAUAAUGAAAGCCAAUCAAGAACUAUUGGCGAUGACGAAGAAUUGGGUGGCCAACUAAAGAAAAAGAAUAUUCUCGUAAACAACCACAAGAUUGCAAAUAAUGCAACCAACCACAGUGCCAAGAGAAAGAAGUCAAUGUAUCCACAUUCUGUCGUUGAGUACAGUGACAGUGAAGAUGAAGCCAGUUUUAGAACAUGGAAACAAAACUUCCCAACAUCAUCUGCUACGACACCCAACAACGACAACAACAACAACAAUCUUAAAACACCAACAACCUCUGGUGCUGCUCCAAGUUCAGUUAUUACGCCAAGUCACAAGCAUCGCGUAGAAAUCCAACAAAUUCAUGGGUCACCAUCUGUAGAUGAUGAUAUCAAUAUUAGUGUCAAUAAUCAACAACAACAACAACAACAACAACAACAAAAUAAUCAUGUAUAUAACAAAUCAAUCAACCAAACCCCAUCUACGCCCUUUACUUUCCAUCCACCACAAACUGCAUUUAAGCAACAACAACCACAACAACAGGAACCCUAUCAUCAUCAACCAUCUUCAACUGAUACAAAGUUAAUUUUAAAUGAAGGUAGAAAAUUAAUCAACGAAGUGUAUAGCUUUAUUGAAGAUCAUUCCAUGUUUGAUAUGGCAUAUCUUUUGAUUAUACUUCGUCAUGUAAAAGUGUUGCAUACACCACACCAAUGGAUUGCCUUGAAUGAUGCGGUACAAAAUGCCAUCCAAGCGAUUGCGCCAAAUGCCCUAGAAGUAAACCAUUCACCAUUAAAGUACCGAUCCAAACAACCACAACAAAAUUUAUAUAACCAAGCAUAUAUCAAUCAACAAUAUCAACAACAACAAAUCCAACAACAACAACAACAACAACAUCAACAUCAACAACAACAAAUCCAACAACAGCAACUACAAUAUUACCAACAACAACAACAACAACACCAACAACAACAAAUGUAUAAUACCCAAAGACAACAACAACAACAACCAACCUAUUACCAUGAAACACCACUUGAACAACAACAACAACUUCCAUUGGGAUAUGCAGAAAACACAUUCCCAACUGAUGUUUAUGGACAUUAUCCACCAAGAUAUCAAACAGCCACUACUACUCCAUAUAGUGUUCAACAUUUUGCUGCUGGACAACAACCACAACAACAUCAACAACAACAACAACACUCGAUACCAAUUGGAGGAGCCAAGAAUUAUCAACAUCCAUUGAACCAACAAUUGCAACAUAGACCACCACAAAAUAACCUCAACUUUGGAUCUCCACCUGCUCCUCUUUAUAAUACCUACUCACCACAACAACAACAACAACAAGUACCGACUGGACAACAUCAAAUUCCACCACAAACACCACAUCAAGAAACACGUCAUAUUGAGAUAAAGACACCCAAGAAUGUACUUCAUGAAACACCUUCGAGAAGACAACAAUAUACUCAAGUCAAAAAAGGUAGACCAUUCAUCCCACACAGCGAGGAUAGCAGUUCCUAUCACAACGAAAGUUCAUCCAAACACUCUUCUGUUUCUGCCGACUCUGACAAUGAGCUGGCUCGUAUCCAAAAGAAACAACAACAAUUGAUUUAUUUUAAGAAAAUGCAACAACACCAACAAUUAUUAAGACAACAAUCAAAAAUGGCUGCAAGAACCAAUAAUAAUAAUAAUAACAAUAAUAACAAUAAUAAUAGUAAUGGCACUGCUACUGCCACUACUGCUGCAACUACAACAAAAGCCCAACAAAGAGCAAAAUUACAAUCCUCUGGUAAUGAUCCUAUCGAUCUUUCCUCAAUUCACUCUGAUAGUCAUUAUGACGAUACCUAUGAUGACGAGAGCUCUGUUGAUUUUCAAAAUGACGAAGUAGAUGAGAGUGAAUUCGAAUUGGAUGGUGAACUAAGAAAAUUGGAUAUUAAUGGAAAAAAAAAGGUCGGUAUCCCAAUAAGUGGUAGUAAUGGCGGUGACAGUAUUAAUAUUAGUAAUGUAACCGAACCAAAUGAAAAUAAUGAACAAGACAAUGAUAAUGAUAGUCUUCAAACCUAG